AUGCCAUACAAUUUUCUUUGGUUGACCCACAAAUUAGCAAAAGCAGGUGAACUUACGUCGAAUACAAGCUUUCCUUUUGAUUUUCAAAAGAUUGCUAUGAAGCAUGAGUCAUAUGCUGGGGAAUAUGUUACGUUAAGAUACUUUCUGCGUCUUAUUAUUGUACAAAACUUCAACAAUAUAUGUCGAGAAAUGAAUGUUAUUGUACACUCAUCAAGUUCUCAUUUGGAUACAGGAGAUGGAGUUAAACUAAAAGUUGGUGCUGGAAACGUUCUUCAUCUUGAUUUUGAGCAUAGUCGUGUAAAGUACCAUCUGAUGGAUAUAGUAAUUGGAAAGGUUAAUUUUCUUCUUGUUCAAGAGAAAAUUAAAAAUAUGUAUAUCGCAAUAAUUAGGAGAGAGUUUGCGGUCAAAAACUUGAAUACGAAUUCUGGAAGUCUCAAAGGAGAAGAACAGUUAGGAAUGUAUGAAAUAAUGGAUGGUUCACCCGCCAACGGUGACUCCAUUCCAAUUAGGCUGUUUCUUUCUCGCUAUAAACUUACUCCAACUAUGUGCGAUGUAGAAAAAAUAUUUUCUGUAAAAUAUUACUUAAAGUUGGUUGUAGUGGAUGAGAAGAAUCGACGAUAUUCUAAAGAAGAGGUUCUUAGUUCAAUGAACAAACUACUUUUAUUAGAAACAUCUAACAAGUGA